GUCGAGCGCAACGAGUUUUGCAGGGCCGUUCUCAAAGCGAGACAAGCCGAAGGGAGCCUCCCAAGAUGUGAGAUUUUGGAAGACGUGCGUGACUACAAGCCAACUUCUCAGGCAGCCCUGGGGGAACUUCGCAAACGAGAGAUGCAGGUGUACUGGGUGACCCUCAGUCUGAGCAACUGUGGCUUCCAAGCCUUGGCCUUGGUCGAGGUCUUCUCUGACAAUGUCAAGAUGUCCCUGGACUUGCCGCAGGUAUUUGACCGGAUCCGCCAGACAUUGCUGGGACGAGCAGGAGAUGAAUGCGCUAGCUGGAUCAUUCUGGGCACUCAAGUCUGCCUGCGCUCCUGGAAGCGACUACACGGAGUAGGGAACGCUCGAUUUGACAAGUUGCGAGCUGCUGCAGAAAAUGGUAGCAUUGUACCACCAGUAGAUCUACGUUACUUGAAGAAGGGUCAGCCCGUGCAAGAUCGCCAUGGCGAUUGUGCUCGAGGAAGAAUUGUAUCAUUCUUGGAAAGUGUUUACCAUGGGCAGGCAGAGACCCUUCCAGAUGUCCGUGACAACAUUGUGGACGUGGACAUGAAGGUGAUAGAUGUUCAGGUGGUUGCAGAUCCGUACGUUGACGCAUUGAAUGCAGCCAAUCCAGCUACAGAGCUUCCUUCCAAGAAGGAAGGCAGAAAACAGCAUCAGAGAUUGAAGAACAAAUCAGUCCAGGUGAACACGGAUCGUUCCCAACUUGAAGAGCGAUUUCUGCCACCUGGCACUAUGAUGGAUUAUUAUGAGCUGAUGAAAGCAGCCGAACCAGAUCUCCCUCCAGUAAGCUUCAGCAGCUUUUGGAGGACGUGGAAAUCGGAGUUCACAAACUUAAAGUUUAGAGCAGCUUCAUCACACGCGGUUUGCGCUAUAUGCCUCAAACACAAGAUGUGGAUACAAGAGAUGAGCGGGCACGCUCGUGCGCGUACCAAGCAACGCGAGUUGUACUCCAAGCAUUUGCAGAGCCAAUAUAUGGAUCGGGUCGAAUACUGGACCCUCAGAUCAUCGGCGCGUUUAAGGACCUCCCUCGUGGUGAUGAUGAUUGACAGCUGUGAUCAAGCAAAAUUUUGCUACCCCAGGGGCAUGGUCUACCAAUCGAAAGAGUUGGCGUCUUUGAUCCGACCGAGGGCCCACAUCACGGCCAUCCUGGUCCACGGGAGGGUGCCUCUGGGUUUGCCAAAUGCCAUUGCGCCUCGCAAUCCCAUCCCAGCGGACUACAAGGAUCACAUUCUCAAGUUCAUCCCUUCCUUGGAGCAGUACAAGCUUUACAGAGCAGCAGAGCAUUUGAAAUCUUGGGUGCUGGAUCAGCUUGUCUUGCAGCCGCUCCUUGAUGUUUCCGCGCUGACCCGUGGAAAGGACACCCGCAAGGACGCCCAAGCCUACGUUGCCAGGGCGAGAGAGUCGAUCACUUUGAAAGCAGCUGCAACAGCAUGGGCUCACGGAGUGCCUUGGGGUGAAGCCUUGGAUAUCGCCACGAGGACACUGGCAAAGGCUUCCCCCAAGCCAAAGGCGCUUCCAAAGCGGGGACCUAGGAGGAGAUGA